CAUUUUUUUAAAUAAAUUAAAGUUAUUCAAUUUAAGAAUUCAAGAUAUAAUUUCUUUCAUUGAUACUUGCGCCAUCUCUUAAAAAUGUGUGAUUAAAUGUGAACAGAAUUACUCAUAUUAAAAUUGGAAUAGACUUUUUUUUAUUGUGAUUUAUCGAAAAGUGCUGUGAUUAAUUUUAUAAUCCUUUUAUAGAAAAAAAUUCGUUUAAAGAUGAUGCAAUUUAUGCUAUUAUUCAGCCGUCAAGGAAAAUUACGUUUACAAAAAUGGUAUGUGGCUCAUCCUGAUAAAUUAAAGAAAAAAAUUACACGAGAAUUAAUUACAACAAUAUUGGCACGAAAACCAAAAAUGUCAAGUUUUUUAGAAUGGAAAGAUGUUAAGGUUGUCUAUAAAAGAUAUGCCAGUUUAUAUUUCUGUUGUGCAAUAGAACAAAAUGAUAAUGAACUAUUGACAUUAGAAAUUAUACAUCGUUAUGUUGAAUUAUUAGAUAAAUAUUUUGGAAGUGUUUGUGAGUUAGAUAUAAUUUUCAACUUUGAGAAAGCAUACUUCAUCUUAGAUGAAUUAUUGGUUGGUGGUGAAAUUCAAGAGACUAGCAAAAAAAAUGUCCUAAAAGCCAUCGCAGCUCAGGAUUUACUACAGGAGCUUUGUGUAUCCAUACAAGUAUAUACUCAGUUAUAUGAAAAGGGUUCAGUUCAUCAUUUGAAGCUGCAUCAAGGAGAUUACUUAAUUACGAACUAGGAGGAAACUCCACAAGGUUUUUUUGAGGAUCAUGGUCUGGGAUAAUACUUUCUAAACAAUAUAUCCAACUUCAUGUAAGUGGUGUAUUCUUACAACACUGCUUCAACAUUCCAGAAUUCUAUUUACAAUAAGCUUUAUCAAUUAGAUUUAAAUGUAUGGUACUGCAAAGAUACAUUUAAAUUAUGUUUUAAUUAAAAUCAUGUUUUUAUUAUAAAAUUUUAUUAAAUGUAAUUACAUAUAAAAAGUUAUAAUCACUGUUUGAAAAAUCACUGAAAUCUAGUUAUUCUAUACAUGUUAAAAAAUAGACAAAUUGUUUCUCUUUAUUAAAAUAUUAGCAGUACUAUACUAUAUUUAUAAACAUAUAUUAUAUAGGUACAUAUACAUAUUUUUUUAAAUUCAUAUAUUAUUUAACCCUUUAUUUUAUUUGCUUUACAAAUUGAUUCUAUUUAUUUUUAUUAUAUUUUGUUUCUGUUUUUAAUAUUAUUUGCAAAGAAGAUGAUAUUAUCAAAUAAUUGCUUUCAAAAUAAAGUUUUAUAAUUAUAUUAUUUGAAUUAUAUAUUAUUUAAUUCUUAAAUUAAUUGCGUUGUGAAUUACAAAUAUUGUUUGUGUAUUUUUUCUAUUCUAAUAUAUAUAUUAGAAUAUAAACAAUAAUAAAUAAGGAAAUAUGAUUUAUAUAUAGUUAUAAUAAAGUUGAAAUGUUUUUCAAAUUUUUUUGAAAUAUUUAAAAAAUUCAAUCAUUAUAUAAACUGUUAUAUCUUUUUUUCAUAGAUGAUUUUUAUUAAAUUAUUUAUAUAUAAUACUAUAUAUACUAUAUAAAGGGUUAAAUAAUUAAUAAUUAUUCAAUAAUAUAGUUAUACAUGUAUUAGUAUAUUCUUCGCGAGGUGCUUCUUAAUUUUUCAUUUGCAUUUAUUUACUUUUUUAAAUUGAAAUAUAUAAGUAUUUAAAAAAAGUUAUUAAAAAAAGUUUUAUUAAUUUUUUUUAUUAAUAGUGAAAUAUAAUGAAUUAAUAAUGAAAUUGUGACAUUUUAUAAUUAUUAUAAAUAAUAGUCAAUGAAUUUGACUUUGGCACUAAAAAAUAUACUAUUUAAAAAUAAUUCUACAAUUCAAAUGAAAGCAAAUUGAAAAAAAAUAAAGAAGUAAUAUUGAAAAAAUAUAUAAAAAUAAAAAAUAUUUAGAAAACAAUUAAAAUUUGAAAAAUUUUAUUUUAUAAGAAUUAUUGUCUCGAAUGGUUAGAAAUGAUUAGAAAAAAAUUUAAUUACAUUGCUAUAAAAUUUUUUGUUAAAGCUAAUAUAUGUUUAAUAUAAUUCUUCUUAAUAGAUAUACUGCAUAUAGAAAAUUGAAGUUUUUUGAGAAAUAUGAAUUGAAAUAUGUAGCAAAAAUAAAAAAAAAAUCGAUAAAAACAUUUUGAUACCAUUGAAUCUUGAUGAACAAAUUAUAUUUUUCUCAUCAUGUAUGCUAUAAAUUUCUCAACAAUCGUUAUCGCUGUAUGAAAAAAUUUUUCUUGUUAUAAUUAAUAGUUAAAUACUCGAAUUUACUAUUUCUUUAAGAAGUUUGAAACAGCAUAUCCAGUUAAUUAAAUAUACUUUUUUAUUUAUUAUUUAAAUAAUUAAAUAAUUUAAUUAAAUUUUAUUCAGAUCUUUUAUAUAUUUUUAUGUAAUAUUUAUGUAAUGUAAAAGUAAUGGAUUAUUUAGGAAAUCUUGAAAAGGAAAAAAAACAAAAUUAUAAAAUACAAUAAUUUUUAAAACUUUAAGAAUAUAAUUAAAUAUAAAAAUAUUCAAUCAAUAAUUUAUAAUUUAUCUAUUAAUACUUUUCUUUAUUAAAAUAUAAUAUAAAAAUAAUUUUGAAAUGUUUGCUAUUAAUUAUAAUAAAAAAUUUCAUUACUAUAAUCAAUUGUUUCAUAGAUUUUAAACUGGAUAUACUGUAAAAUUUCCUAAAUUUUGUUGAAUUGAUUAAUAGUAAGUGAAAGAAUAGAGAAACAUUGGAAAGACUUUCACCGAAUGAUUAUGCAAAUCAUUUGUUUUACACAGAAUGACUUAUUUUAAAGAAAUAUAUCUUUAUUUUAAAGAAUUCACGAAAUAUGUUGAGUUGGAAGUAAAUAUAUUCAAUUUAUAAUUUGACUAUUUGUUGUAUAAAUAAAUCAUAUAAAAGACCAACUCGAACGAGUUUGAUUAAAAAAAAUCAUUAUCUGAAAUUAUUCAUUAAUCACGUGUUCUGACAUUAAAAUCAGAAAAAAGAAAAAAAUUUUUUAAAAAUAGUUGAUUAGUUUUGGAUAUAUUAAAAUAGUUGAUUAGUUUUGGAUAUAUGAAAAUAGUUUAACAGUAAUUCAAAAAGAUUUCUUUAAAAUCUUUCAAGAAUACGUUUCAUUUACGUCAUUUUUUCCCAUUUCCAACUUAGCGUAAUUUUCUUAGAUAAAUUUAAAAUCGGUCAUUCCGUGUAUAUUGACUGGAAAUGUGAAACGACUGAUAAUAAUAUCGAUUUGCGCAUCGCCCUAUGAUAUUUUUUCAAUACAGAUGAUUAUAAAAACAUUCAUGUUCCUGUUAAUCAUCAUUAUCUUCUAAUCAUCAUUAUAGCAAUAUAUUUUUGCGCGAUUUCUUUUUCACCGAUUCGUUCAUAUAUCCAAUCACAUAUAUAAUAGCGGGCGAUAGAAAUCGAUAUUAAAAUAUGCAAGUUUGUAUCGUUACUAGAACCAUAUAGUUUAUCAAAUAUGGAAAAAUGUUUACUGGUUGUAUUUAAGAGAGAACAAAAAAGAGAGAGAGAGAAAGAAAAAAUUUUCAUAGUAAUCGCGAUAAAUAUAUAACAACUACGCGAACACUUUGGGAAUUUGCAUAAGGACAAUAAGUUUAAGCACUGUUCGUUGAAUUGUUUGUUCAUUGUAUUGAUACAAACUAAUAGAAAGCGUUAUACAUAUCUGAAAACUAUAUAAGUAUCCAUCAGUUUUCUAUAAUUUACCUAGAUGUAGAUCGAAAUGUAUCGUGGUGUAUACAUCCACGAAUUAUAUCAUUUCAACCGGUUCAUUUUGAUAUUCUAUUUUAUAUUUUACUUCGAUAUUUUAUUUCGUUUUUGUUUUGCGAGUUUCUUUAACGAGUUUGAGAAAGGUAUAGUAGUUUUGGUUGAUAUAACGGAAUGCAAAGUUUCAAGUAAAUUGACAAAUUAAAAUAUUAAGGUGAUGGUAUUACAAGGAUUAAAUAAAAUUUAAUAGUAUUAAGUUUUAAUAAUAACAAAUAGCGAAUAGAUUAAGUUAGUAUCAAAGUUAAGUUAAAGUCAAUUUAAAACUUGAAAUCAAUCAAUUAAUUUUUUUUUUUUUUAAUGUCAUUGUGACAUCGCUAUUUUGACCAAACUUACUAUAC